UGGGCUCUUUCCGAGGACACUUUUUUUUGGUCUACAUUUUCUGACGAAAACUGGAGCUGUCCAGCUCAACAGCGUUUUAGCAAAAAUAUGCCAAGUUUUGAAGAUGAUCUGAUGAGUUUCAUGAGUGGAACGUAUGAAGUUGAUGUCGUGUUUUCAAGUGUAUGACGCCGAUAUUAAACGACCGAAUUCAGAAUAACAUUAGCAACACUCCUAGAAACAUAUAUUGCAUUUUGAGACUCAAGUAUUGAAUAGAGCCAAUGGUUCAACUUUGAGGAGGGCUGUGGAGUGGGCAUCGCUCUAGAGAAAUGCUCAAAUAUCCAGGCGAGAGGAGGGUGUCAGAGUGAACGGAUGCUCUGGGGUGAUGCUGCUGUAUCACACUUAAACAGCAUUCAGCGGAGUCAGCGCGUUAUGUUUAAUCUAUGGACUGCGGUUGUAGAUGUGGACAUGAUGAGCAUGGGGCCAGUAUAUGUUGAAAAACGGAUGCAUGUCGAGAUAGAUCUGGACCCAAAAUAUACCAAGUACUAACUCUUCUGGAUUUUACCCAAUGGGAAUAUUGGACUAGACUAAAAAGGCUGCUGAAACCCAUGUGGUUCAGACAUUUCCUCCCUGGAUGUGGAUACUAGGCUAUUUUACGUUUCCAGCUAAAUAGAUCAACGUUGGUUGAUUUAUCCUCUUUUUUUUUUCUUUACAGAUUUUGAAGAUUUUUUCUUCUUCUAUCCCACCCCCUUUUUGCACCUGCUUUGCUUUGUCAAAGAUCGCCGUGCGUUUUAGAAAGCCGCCUGCCCUUACUUCCAUCUUCUAAAACCGUGCAUGGAUUCUACAUGAACUGGGAUUUUGUGAGGGCUGCAGUGAUGCUCCAGUUUAGUAAUAUCGCUUUACAUCUCACAUUGCUUCAGAAAAAUGGAUUGCCUAUAAAUGUUUGGGGAGAGAACAUCUGUGGGCAUUAAAGUAUGAAUGUUGAACAAGAUGACCUCUUACCAUCAGCUCCAGAUGUUGAGAGGUUCUAGAUGGAAAGGGGCUUGGUUUGACCCCUUGUUUCUCCUGCUUUUAGCCCUGCAGUUGCUUGCUGUGGCUGGAUUGGUGCGAGCCCAAACCUGUCCCUCCGUUUGUUCCUGCAGUAACCAAUUUAGUAAAGUCAUUUGCACACGCAGAGGGCUAAAGGAUGUCCCUGAUGGCAUCUCCACCAAUACACGGUAUCUAAACCUUCAGGACAAUCAAAUCCAAGUCAUCAAAGUAGACAGUUUCAAGCAUCUACGACAGCUAGAGAUACUUCAACUUAGCAGAAACCACAUUCGCAGCAUCGAAAUUGGCGCCUUUAAUGGGCUGACCAGCCUUAACACUCUGGAGCUUUUUGACAAUCGCCUAACAACCAUCCCAAAUGGCGCCUUUGAGUAUCUUUCAAAGCUGAAAGAGCUGUGGCUUAGGAAUAACCCUAUUGAGAGCAUACCGUCUGAUGCCUUCAGUCGCUUGCCCUCCCUGCGGAGGCUGGACUUGGGGGAGCUGAAGCGUCUGUCCUACAUCUCGAGUGGAGCAUUUCAGGGCUUAAGCAACCUUCGCUACCUGAAUUUGGGCAUGUGUAACCUCAAAGAGGUCCCCAACAUCCAGCCCUUGAUUCGCCUGGAUGAGCUGGAGAUGUCCGGGAAUCAGCUCACCGUGAUCCAACCCAGUUCUUUUAAGGGUCUCUUUCAUCUUCAGAAGCUAUGGAUGAUGCACGCCCAAGUCCAAACCAUAGAGCGAAACUCCUUUGAUGACCUGCAGUCUUUACGAGAACUCAACCUGGCUCACAACAACCUUACCUUUUUGCCCCACGAUCUCUUCACACCUUUGCGCCACCUGCAGAGGGUGCAUUUGCACCACAAUCCUUGGACCUGUAACUGUGACAUACUUUGGCUGAGUUGGUGGCUGAGAGAGACUGUACCAACGAACACCAGCUGUUGCGCCCGCUGUAAUUCCCCGUCCAGCCUCAAAGGACGCUACAUUGGUGAGCUAGACCAGAGCUACUUUCAUUGCUAUGCCCCUGUUAUUGUCGAGCCUCCUGCUGACCUCAAUUUGACUGAAGGAAUGGCAGCAGAGCUCAAGUGUCGAACAAAUUCAGUGACCUCAGUCAGUUGGCUAACACCAAAUGGCUCCAUCAUAACACAUGGGGCACUCAAGAUGCGCAUCUCUGUCCAAAAUGAUGGAACACUAAACUUCACCAAUGUCACCAUCCAGGACACAGGAACCUAUACUUGUAUUGUAAGCAACAUGUUGGGCAAUAUUUCAGCCUCUGCUGUCCUCAACGUUACAUCCAUUGACAACAGUGGCUUCAGUUACUUCACUACGGUCACCGUAGAGACAAUUGAAACCUCUAAUGAUGGUGAGAUUCGGACGCCAGUACAGCCUUCUUUUGGUUGGGCAUCCUCCUCAACCACAAGGGGAACACCGAUUGCCACCGAGAGAGCAAACACCAUUCCUGUGACUGACAUAGACAUGGAUGGGGCCCUCAAUGGUUUGGAGGAAGUGAUGAAAACCACCAAGAUCAUCAUUGGCUGCUUUGUGGCUAUCACACUCAUGGCGGCUGUCAUGCUUAUAAUAUUCUAUAAGAUGAGAAAGCAGCACCACCAGCAGGAUCACGAUGGGCCGACCCGCAGCAUCGAGGUCAUCAACGUAGACGAGGAGCUAACAAGGGUUCCAGCCAUGGAGAGUCACCUGACUCUUCCGCCUCUGGAGCAUGAGCAUUACAACCACUAUAACUCUUACAAAACUGCUUAUAACCACAUGUCCGCUCUCAGCUCUUACCAUAGUUCAGUGCAUGAACCUUUACUAAUCCAAGCCAGCUCAAAGGAUAAUGUACAGGAGACACAAAUAUGACCAUGCUUUGAGGAUGAUCUGAAAAGUACUAAUUAUGUUGGAAUUGUGGACAUGCUGUCAUAAUGAAAAUUGCAGUGUGGAUUAAGACAUAUAAGGCAUUGAGAGCCAGGGUGUAUGUAUUAUUUUAUCAAGUGUCUUUACAAAUCUUAUUUAUUUAAAGAUAUGUGAAGUGACUGAAUCAUGAAAUCCCAAAAAGUUUAAUAUUUCAUUUUCUCUUUUUUGCUUCUACAUUUUCUAAACUGGGGAAUGAAUGGUUUUGUUUAAUGUGAUGAUAGAAUUAAGGUCAACUGCCAUGCUUCUGAGUGCAAUGAUACAACAGUUUUUUUCUGUUUUGGCAUAUCACAUCCCUUUGCUCCAAUAUGUUUUUGUUUUUUGGACACUGAAUCCUAAAUAUGAAAACUGGCCACUGACAACAGCAGACUUAAAAUUGCAUGGAGCCAUUAGAUUUGAAAGGCUGGCUUGAUGAAUGCAGCAAGAUGGUUUAUAAAUGGUUACAUUUCCCCGUGAAAAAUCCUGUUACUGAAUAAAUAAGGAAAAAAACCUUUAUUGUCACAGCUUGAAUUGUGCUGCAGUUUCAGCUAGUGAGAAAAUAAAUAUUUGCAGUUCUCGUAGAGGCCGCAUCUUUGCAUAUACAUUAGUUAACGUAAAUGUUUAGUGUACCAAAAAAUUACAAUUAAUUUGCCAUUUACCCAUCCUCAUUUUAGGUCCAAACCCAUAUGACUCAUCUGUGGAAUGCAAAAGGAGACUGACACCAUUCACUUUUACAGAGGAAUGGAACAAAAGAUGCAAUGAAAGUGAAAGGUGACUGAGGUUAACGAUCUCGUAAACAUCUUUUUUGAUUUUGCAUAGAAGGUCCUUAAGUCCUUAAGUUAUUACAAGUCCAAUAUUUUGGCUUUUGAAAUUCACCAUUUUGUGUUUUUCAAUACAUCUUUAAAUCUUUUUGCAAGAUUGUCAGUGCUGAAAAUCUGUGACUAUAAACCUCAGAAUAGUACAAUCAUUGGCUUAUGCCACACGUGUCACAUUAAGCAAAAAUACUGAGAUAAAAUCAUAUUUUAUCGCAUGCAAAACUAAGUGGCUGAGGACAUGGGAAUAUGAUUUCUAAGGUUGUGUGCUGGGGGGCUUCAGACAAAAAUGCCAUGAGGAAAUAAAUAAUGAAAUAUAAAGUAGCCUGUUAAUGUCACUAUGGAAACCAAUGACCUAGUAAGAAAUACACUGUCUGGACAAAAUAUGUCAUCAGAAUAUAGCCCAGUACUUAAAGGAAUAUUAUGGGUUCAUUAUAAGUUGAGCUCAGUCGACAGCAUUUGUGGCUUAAAGUUAAUUACAACAAAAAAUUAUUUUGACUCGUCCCUCCUUUUGAAAAGAGCAAAAUGUGAGGUUACAGUGAGGCACUUACAAUGGAAGUGAAUGGGGCCAAUUUUUGGUUUGUUUAAAGGCAGAAAUGUGAAGCUUAUAAUUUUAUAAAGGCACUUACAUUAAUCCUUCUGUUAAACUUGUGUACUGUAUUAUUUGAGCUGUAAAGUUGUUUAAAUUAUCAUAAUUUUAAAUUUACGUCAUCAUGGCAACAAAAGUUAGAAAGUGAUUUUAUCAAUCUAAAAUCAUGUUAACACGCAUAUUGUUUAUGUCUUGUGGCUAUACUUAUGAAACAGUGAGUAUUUUAAUGUUUACAGAUUGGCCCCCAUUCACUUCCAUUUCAGUGCCUCACUGGAAACCAGAUUUUUGCUUAUUUUAAAGAAAAGUAGGGAACAUUUUUGUAGGAAAAAAGCAAAUUUUUGUGGUAUUCAUAAUUAUGACACAAACGCUAUCGACUGAGCUUAACUUGCAUAUUGAAAUUGGAAUAUACUUUUAAAAUGUUUAUUGUUUAUUAGAGAGCUUCGUUGUUUUCAAUACAAGUGAUUUGUUAAACUACAGGAUUUUAUUGUGAAUGUGUGCUCUGUACAGUAUGUGUGUGAGCUGUGUCUACCAUGUGCCAUUAUUAUUAACUAAAAUUACUUUACCAUGUGUGUGUGCCUGGGUGUCGAGGGUAUGUUAUAUGCUGUCUGAGAACCCUCUACAUAAAACCACACUGUUUUCACUGGUUUAGUAUAACCCUUCCCUUGUAAUCAUUUUGGACAGCAUGAUAAGGAGAUGUGAUACUGGUCUCACCAGUCAAAUCCUUAAAUAAACCUAACAGGUUCAUUUAUCAAGAGCUUAAGAAAGGUACAUGAAGAAUAUACCUCUAAUUUGUCACAUGCUGACUAUUUUCAUUUGAAAAAGAUCUGUUUGCCAGCAGGAAAUUCAUCAGACAACAUUUUGUGUGAAGAUUUCUAUCAAUCUUCAAUUUAAGCAUUGAUUUAAAAUAAUCAUCCACUGAAUGUGGCUGGUGUUCAUCAGAUCCUCUGCAGUCACGUAAACAAAUGUUAUUUUUUCUUGCUGACACACAACUGCUCGGCUCCGAAGAACAAAUCUGAAUGAAUCAUGCAUUCCAUAUCCCUUUAUUCUACAUGCUAAUUUCUUUGUUGACCCCCGCCUUUCACGUUCACCCUCAUUGCUAUUCAUAUAUGGAAGAUUCAUUGUGAUAACAUGUUAUGUAUUACAAAGCGGUAAACUGUUGCUUCCCAGUAUUUCUGUGUUUCUUUUUUAUUAGUUUUUGUAUCCAAGAAAAAUAUGCUCCUAAAAGUUUUAUUGUACAUACAGUAAUAGAUGGGAUAAAUUGGGACAAUAGAGAAACAGCAUUGAGCCAUUUAUAAAAAAUACAAAAAGAUGAAAAUGUCUGUUUUCAGGCGGUCUGUACAUGAAUGCUAGCUUAUUCCUAUCUGCUUCAGUGUUCCUGAGCACUGCAUCAGUUACAGAAGCUCCUAUGACUAGAUCAUUGAUCGUUGAUCAUGGCCUACAUAGAAAAUCUUUGAUGUUGGACUUAACUGAUUCUCUUUAUUUCUCUUUACUUCUUGUGAUUUGUUUGUUAUUGGUAACUCAUUUUAGAUUUCUAUGCUGAACUGGUGAUUUACUAUAAUACUUUUAAUUUGUUUGUUUUUUGGCAAGGGAAUGUCUCUUUAUUAACAUUUCUACAAGAACCGUUAUUGAAAAUAACCAGAAAUAUUUCUGUCAAACUACACAUUUGCUGAUCAGUUCAUAUUGAUAUGGGAAUACAGCUAACAAAGUGUGAACUAUGGAAAAAAAAAUACCAGAGAUUGUAGUUCAUACAGUACAUGCUGUAAAUGUAAAUAAAAAAAAUUUCUAAA